AGCUGCUUUACACAUUUCCAAUGUCAACCCCGCAACCAGUCUCUCGUCGUAGAGUUAAAGCUCGGACUGGCUGCCUCCGGUGCAAACAGAGACGAAUCAAGUGUGACGAAACGGUACCGGCGUGUACCCAAUGUACGCGGAAGAACUUUGACUGUCCGGGGUACAGACGACCCUUGAAGUGGUCCUCCAAGUAUGAGGUGGAAAUGGCCAUCGCGCACUCACCCACCGAGCUGCAAGAGACCAUGGAAACAUUGCAAGCACAUUUCAUUCAGUCGAGAAGGUCAAACGACUCCACAGUCAAUGCUCAUCGAGCUGAAGCCGCUCACCGAACCCAAGCUGACACCGAGUCACCAUUCUGCAUUGAUGAAGACAAUAUCUCCACUCUAUCGACCAGAGGGAGUCCCACUACCAGCGAGCUAAUGAGGUUGGCCAACCUACGUCAGGUCUACACAACUCUGGAAGAUGACGACACAACUCUGCUACGCCACUAUUUCUCUAAAGUCUGUCCAGUAAACUCCUGCUUUGACUCGCACAAGAAUUUCUUCCGCAUGGAGCUCGGAGCCCUGAUAAGCUCUCGUCCACUGAUCCACUCCUGUGUCCUGGCCAUGUCAGCCGCUCAUCUCACCCCAAUACGAGGUGAUAUGGUGACAACCACCUUGACCCACCGAUCAAUAGCACUAGCCUGUCUGAAAGCGGAGAUAGAGGCAGUGUCUACCCUGCGUCGGAGAGAGAGCGCAUCAUCACUGGAAAGGACCGUCGAGAUGCUUCUUGGUAGCAUACUUUUGGGAAUGACUGAGGGAUGGCAUGAUCCGAUGCAGUUAGGUAUCACUCAUCUAUACGGCGCCCGUGUCUUAUAUCGCAAAUGGCUGUCAGCCUCGACGAUACCAGGCCCAUCCUCCCGAGUGAAAGCUUGUCCUCGAACCAGAAGUCUGAUCACUGGUCUCAUGGUUUACUGGGAAGCAGUGACUUCCUUCGUUCAUAAUCAACCGUUGGACGCAACCGCCUAUUUAGCGACCGAUGAGCCAUCUACCAUCUACGUCAACCCCUGGACCGGCAUUGGCACGCGAUUGUUUGCCUGCCUGGCUAAGAUCGGCACCCUGACAAGACACCGGUCUUUGCUUCGUCAGACGUCUGUCGCCGCCCCCUUCGCGGCUGGGUGGGAGCAAGCCAGCACCGAGAUGGCUGAACACGCUCGCAGUGUGGAGACCACGCUCCUCCACUACCAAGUCCCUGGGCAGGAGCAGAUAGAAGACACAGUGGAUGCAAGAACGCCUGUCGACCACCUGCAACGACUGGCCCGGAUUUAUCAACAGAUAAGCCUCCUUCAACUGUACAUGACCUUCCCCGACCUCGAUGCGGGGUCGAAGGACGAAACGCUGCUGCAUGGCCAGGCUUCGUGGGCAUCGAGUCGGACCCACCGUAUUUUAACCCUGGCCACGAAUGUUCUGGCCGCUAUCGGAGUUCUUCCCACCACCUCCGGCGUCUUCUGCCUGCUCACGAUACCGCUGAUUAUUGCCGGGAGCGCUCUGCAGAUUCCUGUGUGCCCUGCCCCGCAGCCACACGAAAAUGGUCAACCCUCACCAGAUAUCCUGAGCUCUACCCUGCAGGAAGAUACCUAUCUCUUCUGGCGGAACUUUGUGCGUGAGCGCAUCGAGACCACUCAUCGAAUCAUUGGCGUUGCCGCUAUCCCCCGGGCGCAGGAGAUUCUGGACCGGGUCUGGUUCCUGUCCGAUGUACGGAGGGUUGCAGACGAGCCUUGUGGGUAUUUCGAGUACGUCCAGUGGACGGAAGUGAUGGUUGCCGAGCGAUUGGAGACAAUCUUUGGCUAG